GUUGGAUGCGCGCGCGCACACUCGCUCACGCCUCUCACACCCGCACGAUCGAUUUUCCCGCCCUUUGUGAUUUCCACCGGCGCGUGAACCUACGCGAGUGAGAUUCGAGAUGUCUGCGAACGAGUUUAGAUUGGAGCGCAGCGUAGAGUUGUCGCCGGAGACAAAGGCUAUCGCCGAGAAAGAGUUACGGGAGACUCCGGAGAGAGUGCGAGAGGCUCUGGAGAGGCUCAGGGAGUUGCUGAAGGAGAACAAGGACCUGUGCUACGGAGAGGACGAUGAACUGCUGACCAUCUUCCUGCGGCCCUGCAAGUGGUACCCGGAGAGCGCGAUUGCACUUAUGCGUCGUAUCGCUGAGUUCAAACGUGACAAUGCAUCUCUUCUCGAUGGGUUGCUGCCAGAGCAGGAGAAAGACGCGUUCCUUGACCACAAGGUUGUCAAUGUACUGAAGGGACGAGACCACAAAGGCAGAAGAGUCUUAAUUGUUAGCGUUGGAGGUACAUGGGACCCAAAGAAAGUAAACGCCGAUCAGCUGUUCAGACUAUUCUACUUGAUCCACGAGGCCGCCAUGUUGGAGCCCGAGUCACAGGUCCGGGGGACCGUGGUGCUCAUGGACUUCCACAACAUGGGAUGGACACAGACUAUGGGUCUCACUCCAGCGUUUUCCAAACGCCUGCUGACUUUCAUCCAGGACGCGAUGCCACUCAGACUGAAGGAGGUCCACUUCGUGAAGCAGCCAAUGAUCUUCAACGUAGUAUGGAAUAUGUUCAAGCCAUUCAUCAGGGAAAAACUUAAGAACAGAAUCUUCUUCCACGGCUCCAAGAUGUCUUCCCUCCACAAGCACAUGGCGCCCUCCCACUUACCCGCGGACUACGGCGGCGAGCUGCCGGCCAUCGACUACUCCGGCGCCGAGUGGUACCCCGUCAUCAACGACGUACUGCCCUACAUCCACAACUGGAACACGUACGGCUUCGCCAAGAACACGUAGACUAACUUAAAACUAGACCUGUGACUGCCAGCGUGAUUAUUAUUGGCAGGUAGAACAUGUGAUCCACAGCCGACGCUCAGCAAAAUGUCUUGCUGUAUUUGUUAUUAUCAAGUUAAAUGUGGAGACAGAUAGAUGAGAACGUCACUUGCCUAAGUAUCGUUCUUGCAUUCGGCUGUCGGAUCAAUUAUUUAGUACAAGACAUUUAUCCUCAGUUAUUUUUUAGGUUGGGUUUCUCACUUUUUUUUUCAGAUAUUACUUAUCUCAGGACACUUUUUUGAAUGCACUUUUCUUUUUUUUUCAUUUUGCCUAAUCACGUUUGGCAAAUCACACCUGUUUAUACUAUUCUCAAUUUUAAUUUAGAUUUAGAUUUAAUUUAAGACUUAAACAAAGUGGAGUAUGUGUUCGAAUAGUGUUGUUCUUAAGUCCCGGCCUUAGAGUGGUGAUUAGAUAAUUGUUAGAUAAUGCCAUGUGCCCGAGCACCACUAGUAUAACUUGAGCUCUUCCGUAAUCAGGGUUCUAUGUUACUUAUAUAAGUAUAGAUAUUACCAAAUUUAGAAUAAAGUAUAAAUUCAAUUAAGAUUAAAGUUGGUAGCUUAAUAUUUGUACUUCCAAAAGCGUGAAUGAAUGACAAAAGAUUUUGUGAUAAAUAUUGACAAGUUAUAUAAGAAUGUGAUUGUAUUUGUUAUAUGUGAGCUGAACAGAACAGGCUAGAUAGCUGCGGUUAAGAAAUUAAUCGGUAGUUGUUCAUCUAUGCGCUUCUAAGUAGGUUUGAUGUGUACAUAGACAACGACUGGUUGGUUCAUGUUAUCUUUAGAUGUAAUUGUUUGUGGUACAUAACGAAUGUUUCCUGUUAGGAUGCGAGCGAAUUUCAUGACAAGUAGGUACAGCUAACCGAAUGUCAGUGAGCACUACGUAGUACGAAAAUCAACUAUAUUGCUGUAGUAUUGAGAGCCGUUUUCGUCAAGUGGCAUUGAGUAGCGGUUGACUGUACUGACAAUUUGUAAAGACAACAAAGAAUUUAUUUAUUUAGAUAUAAGAAAGGAAUAUGUUCCCGUUGUGCACAACUCGCAUGUCGUAGGCUGUGACAGUAUGACGGUACGGUGCCAGUUCUGAAUAUUAAAUCACCAAAUAUAGAAGUUAUUUUAGCAAUAAGAAAUUGGGAAAAAAAUUGAAUUCAAAAUGUAAUAAAAAUUUGACUGUCAUAGGACUGUUUGCACCGAGGAGCAUUUCUUCGCAUUUAAUUCCAUCUGAUUGCAAUUAAUGUUCCAUUUAUAAAUUGUGGUGCUUAUUCCCGCGUGUUUAUAUAAUUGUAAAUCCUUUAUGGUAAUAAGGGUGCACAUUCACUAGCAAAUGUUGUGUCUUUUGAGUAAUCAUUGUUUGUAAUCGAUUAUUGCAAUAAUCGAGAAUCGUGUUUUUAUGUGUGAGUGGUAUAACAACGAUAUUUUUUCUUGUGAUGCCAAUAUGCCUUUAGACGCAUUCCAAUAAAUAUUUUUGUAUUUUUUUAGGUUUGUAAUACUUUAUUGUACGAAAUGAAAAUACCUGAAUUGCUCAAUAUUUACAUGUUUGAUGCGACGCAAUAAUGUGCGUUUUUUGUUUAUAAUAGGAUUAAUAUAAUUAAAAUGAUUAAAACCA